UGGGGCUCCAGCUGCGGCGGCCGCUGCACAGAGCAGGGCCGGCUGGGCGAGCGCGCGGCCAUGGCCCCGUGGCUUCAGCUCUGCUCUGUCUUCUUCACUGUCAACGCCUGCCUCAACGGUUCCCAGCUGGCCGUGGCCGCGGGCGGCUCAGGCCGCGCGAGGGGCGCCGACACCUGCGGCUGGAGGGGAGUAGGGCCAGCCAGCAGGAACAGCGGGCUGCACAACGUCACCUUCAGAUACGACAAUUGUACCACCUACCUAAAUCCAGUGGGGAAGCAUGUGAUUGCUGAUGCCCAGAACAUCACCAUCAGCCAGUAUGCGUGCCACGACCAAGUGGCAGUCACCAUUCUUUGGUCCCCCGGGGCCCUUGGCCUUGAAUUCCUAAAAGGAUUUCGGGUAAUACUGGAAGAGCUGAAGUCAGAGGGAAGACAGUGCCAACAACUGAUUUUAAAGGAUCCGAAGCAGCUCAACAGUAGCUUCAAAAGAACUGGAAUGGAAUCUCAGCCUUUCCUGAAUAUGAAAUUUGAAACUGAUUACUUUGUAAAGAUUGUCCCUUUCCCUUCCAUUAAAAACGAAAGUAAUUACCACCCAUUUUUCUUCAGAACCCGGGCCUGUGACCUGUUGCUACAACCAGACAACCUGGCCUGUAAACCCUUCUGGAAGCCACGGAACCUGAACGUCACCCAGAACGGCUGGGACCUGCAGGUGUCCUUUGACCACGCACCGCACAGCUUUGGCUUCCGUUUCUUCUACCUUCACUACAAGCUCAAGCAUGAAGGCCCCUUCAGGCGAAAGACCUGUAGGCAGGAACAAAAUACAGAGAUAACCAGCUGCGUCCUUCAAAAUGUUUCUCCAGGAGAUUACGUAAUUGAGCUGGUAGAUGACACGAACACAACAAGAAAGGCAAUGCAUUAUGUCCUAAAACCAGUGCACUCCCCGUGGGCAGGGCCCAUCAGAGCUGUGGCCAUCACCGUGCCGCUGGUUGUCAUAUCGGCAUUUGCAACGCUUUUCACUGUGAUGUGCCGCAAGAAGCAACAAGAAAAUAUAUAUUCACAUUUAGAUGAAGAAAGCUCUGAGUCCUCCACGUACGCUGCAGCAGUCCCCAGGGAGAGGCUCCGACCUCGGCCGAAGGUCUUCCUGUGCUAUUCCAGUAAAGACGGCCAGAAUCACAUGAAUGUUGUCCAGUGUUUUGCCUACUUCCUUCAGGACUUCUGUGGCUGCGAGGUGGCUCUGGACCUGUGGGAAGACUUCAGUCUUUGCCGAGAGGGGCAGAGAGAAUGGGUCAUCCAGAAGAUCCACGAGUCCCAGUUCAUCAUUGUAGUGUGUUCCAAAGGCAUGAAGUAUUUCGUGGACAAGAAGAGCUACAAACACAAGGGAGGCCGCCGCAGUCCGGGGAGAGGGGAGCUCUUCGUGGUGGCCGUAGCGGCCAUUGCGGAGAAGCUCCGCCAGGCCAAGCAGAGUUCAGCCGCAGCGCUCAGCAAGUUCAUCACCGUCUACUUUGAUUAUUCCUGUGAGGGAGACGUGCCCUGCAUUUUGGACCUCAGUGCCAAAUACAAACUUAUGGACAACCUCCCCCAGCUCUGUGCCCACCUGCACUCGGGAGACUGCAACGGCCAGGAGGCGGGGCAGCACCCGGGGCCCGGAAGCAGAAGGAACUACUUCCGGAGCAAGUCGGGCCGCUCACUCUACGUCGCCAUCUGCAACAUGCACCAGUUUAUCGAGGAGGAGCCCGACUGGUUUGAAAAGCAGUUUGUCCCCUUCCGCCCUCCUGCAGUGCGCUGCCGAGAGCCGGUCCUGGAGAAGUUUGACUCAGGCUUGGUUUUAAAUGAUGUCAUUGGCAAGCCAGGGCCAGAGGGUGAUUUCUGCCUAAGGGCUGAGGCCGCUGUUCCUGGGGCCAGUGUGCUACCUACAGACUCGCACCUGCAGCCGGAGGGUCCUCGUGGGGGUCUGGACCACGCUGCCGAGGCCCAGGCACCUCACGAUGGGGUCUCGGCGCUACAGCCCCUGCUGCUUGCGGUGAAAGCUGGCGGCCCCUCAGAUAUGCCUCGGGACUCAGGCAUCUAUGACUCCUCCGUGCCCUCCUCUGAGAUCUCUCUGCCUCUAAUGGAAGGACUCUCAGCUGAACAGACAGAAACAUCGUCCCUGACGGAGAGCGUGUCCUCUUCCUCAGGCCUGGGUGAGGAGGAUCCUCCUACCCUUCCAUUCAAGCUCUUUGCAUCUGGGAUGUGCAAAGCAGAACUUGGUUGCCACAGCUACACUGAUGAAUUCCAUGCGGUUGCCCCUUUGUAACAAAACAGAAGAGCCUAAGCAUUGCCACUUUAGCUGCCACCUCUCUGAUUCUCCAGCUCAUCUCUGUGGUUGCAUCACCUACUUGGAGCUGAGUACUCAUACAAGGAAAUUUAGGGUGAAAUUCUGGCCAGGACUUGGUCCCCAGCCCCAGCUUUCUACCAGCUAUCUUGGCAAAGUCCCUAAGACCAUAUACAGAACUCCGAAAGGCAGGUCGAAGUCCAAUAGCAGCUUUCUGGGUUAGGUCAGGCCUCGCAUCAGAGCCUUCUCUAGCAGUAAAAGGAAACAGAGAAACAGAAAAAUACCUGCACUGAUUGAUCAGACUUAAUUGAGCUCUUCAUACUUUGCCUGUUUACUUUUGGCUAUUUUGGUUUGGAGUGCUGGAUAGAAAAGACACUUCUAAGUGUCAUUAUAGCCACAGAAAUCAAAAGCCGGUCUUGCCGGAACCCAUGUCAUAUUAUAGAUGUUUCUAUCUUAUUUUGAUGUGGAACUUACAGUGCUACAUGUAGUAAAUAAGAUUUGGUUAAAGAUAAGGUGAUUGAUUAUACCUUUCUAAAAGCGAAUCUAUGUAUUACACAGUAACGUGGCUGGCCGAGGUGGAGGCACAGCAGGCUGGCGUCUUAACUGUUCCAGCUCAGCUUUCCCUUGAUCUGAGUGGGCAGCAUGUGGGGGCCAGAGCUGCCUAUCAGGUUUCUCUGGGUUACACUGACUGUGCUGCAGCUCCUGUGAUGGAGUCUGAGAGUUUAUUUUAAGAGACUAUUUCCCAGCUGAGCCGUAUUAUUGAAAGUUGCAGAUCAUGCUUCAGUUGCCUUGUGGUCUAAAGCUGUGUCCUGAAUAUCAGACAUCAGAAUUCACUGAAAUGCAACAGUGAAUGGAGGUGGUGGCCAGUAAUCUGCUGAACUGGUUUUGACUGAAGACAGGCCUGUUUUUAAGAUGAUAGAAAGGUGGGAACUAUCAUACAAGUAAAUGUUUUAUUUUUGUGAAUGACUUAAAAAAAAAAAAAUUUGUUUCCAAAGGGAAAAUAUUUGUUCAUAUUCCAUUUGUUUAACCGAUGUGUAGAAAUGUUUUAGUCUCCUAGGUGGAAGCCCUUGUUCUCCCUGUCCCGUGGAGCACACGUGAACUCUCUAUAGGUGCUUUUGGAUUUUUGGUGGCCAGGUUUCUCAGCAUUCAACCCAGUUUUCACUCACAUUAAAGGAGGUGCUGAAAAACAUCUCAAGGUGGAGUGAAAUGGGGGAGAGGACAGGACUUUGCCUUCCAGGCACAUGCUGAGCAGGUGGAAAAGGGGAAAACUUGCGCUUUUACUGGAAAGAAGAGGUUUUGUGUGUACUUUAGAUGAAAAAUGCCCUAGUCCCUGUUCUGUAAAGGCAGCUGGCAGCCGUUGGGAGAAGAACGUGCUAGUCUGUUCUUUGGCAUCAAGUUUCCUGCAGCUGCUCUGAGGGAGGGACAGUGAACUGGAAGACUCUCCCCAUAAAGCAGGCAUUUUGGUAGGUGAGGGAUGUGCUGCUUGUUACCAUGCUCUCCAAGACAAGUGCAGACUUCUGUCUAUCUAUAAUGAUCUUGUGGCUUCAUCCUCCGUGUACAUUCUGUGAAAGAGAUUGUUGGGUCUGAAAUUGCAAACAUACAAAAAUCACUUAGAAUUAUUGGAGAUUUCCUACUGAGUCCAAGAGAUGUUUUAUGGGGGCUGGGGAUUUAGCUCAGCAGCAUGAGUGCCUGCUUUGUAAGUAGGCAGUUGCGAGUUCGAUCCCUGGUACUGAUAAAAAGGAAAAAGACCAAAAAAAAAAAAAAAAAAGAUGUUUUAUGCCCUCAAAGGCAUCAGACUGCUGGAAGUACCUACAGAUGUUAUCUGCAGGAUCAGGAGCAGCAGCAUUUACUGGCAGGGUGUGGGCAGAGCACUUAACUCCAUGGAUUCAUGUGUUAGGAAAAUGGCAAGGAAAAAAAAAAUUGCAAGGAUAGAAUGCUAAAGGUGAUAUGUAAGAUUGGAUUUAAAGUUUGGAUUCUUUUUAAUUGGUACCAGGAAUCGAACUCACAGCCUCACACCAGGCAGGCACAGUGCUGCUCCAGUCCUAGAGUCUGCAUUCUUACUUUGAAGUUUUAGUAUAUCUAAUUAACAAACCCAAACUUUGAAAUAAUGAAAGUACAGUGUGAUUACCUAACUCAGAAUACAUGCACUCUGACUUCCAGGGUUUGCCUCAUUGUGCUGGGAGUGGGAAUAGUUCUCUUGGAGAUUAAGGCAAAACAUCUGUUCCUAGCAGAGCUACAUUUUUAACUCAGAAAAAUGUCACAGACAGUAGACAUGAUAAGAUGGAAUCCAAGAAAAAGUUCUGCCAAAUACAGGCUUUAGAUUCUGAGGAACCAAGAACUAGAUUAUAGCAACAAUUUCAAAGACCUUGAUCUGAAAAUAAAUAGCUAAUGAGCAUUUUUUUUUUUUUUGGUUGAUCUUGAAAGUUAAUUAUAAGGAUAAGUUUAAUGGUGUUCUCUGGAAAGGAAACCGGGGCUCUGGAAAACUAAGACUGAAGGCAGGGAGGUAGUUUUUUCACCUUCAUUAAUGUUUCCCAGAAAGGAUUUUGCAUCAGAUGCUAUCAGGUCUUCUAGGAGAGUGAUUGGGGCAGUUAAGAGCCCAGGUGGGUGUGCUCUUCUGUGGAAAGUUGGCUGCAAGAAGCAGACUUCUUGAUGGACCGGCCUAGGCGCAUGGCAGGCGGGGUUUUCUAGAGGUCUGAGACCUGGGCUUUGAGGCACACAGAUGUUCAGAAAGAGUGACAAGUCAUUCUAGUACAGGCCCGGGUGUUGGUGUUUGGGUUCAGACUCCACUAGGUGAUACAGUAUUGUGAGCUGAAAAUGAGAUUAGGUCACAAUAAACAGUUUUGUUGAUAUGCUAUAAGAUAAUCUCACAAAGUUUUAAAAAAGUCUUCAGAGUCACAUAUUGGAAUAAGUAUAGAUAUUUCAGUUCAUGUACAUUUGUCAAAGUUCAGUUGCGCUAUUCAAAGCAACAGUUUUUUGGUUUUGUUCUUUACCAACCCAUAAUCUCAGUCUUCUGAUUUAUGUGCAAAUAAACAGGAAUGUAUAGUAAUAUUUCUCCAACGUAGGAUGACAUGAUUUGGAGAGUGUUUUUUUUCCAGCAUUGAAUAUUUUUUUCCUUUAAUAGAAACAAAAAAGGAAGAAAGCUAUUUUAUUUUUAUUUUAAAGAGAAUAAAACCAAACAGAAUAAAGCCAGUCAAAAUAGAAACAGUGGAAAUGGUACAUGGUAAUAGGAAAUCAGCAAUGGCUACCAUAAUGCCUCUUCUUCAAAAUAACUACCCAUACCAUCAUACGUAAAAACAGAACAGAAUAAAAUCAAACAAAAUGAAAAUGAUACAGGACUUCAAAAGAUAAUAGGAAAUAAACAAUGACUACCAUAAUAUAUCUUAUCUUGGAAAUAGCUACCCAUGCCAUCAGAUAUAAUAAAAAUAAAACAGUUUAGCAAAACAAUGAAAAUGAUACAGGACUGUAAAACAAGAUGACAGGCAAUUAACAAUGUUAAUCCAUCAGAAGGAAAUCCCUCACAGUUGCUGUAUUGCAUAUUGUUAUCCACUAAAUAGAUGCUCACACAACUAACUGGCUUUAGGCCUGCGAAGCCAAUCAAACCAUACAGGCAUUAAGUGUUUUUUUUUUUUUUUUUUUUUUACUUCUGUGGCCAUCAUCAGCUGGUUGCUUUGGGUAGGGUGUCCUUGGUACUUCGUGUCUCCCAACCUGUGUGCUGGCUGGCUCACAGGAAAGGGUUGGCCCUGCCCACAGUCCCACUGGCUCACAGGAAGGAAUUGGCCUCUGCUUGGUUCUCUUUCCAGGACUGCUAUUUUACUCUUGAUGAAGAAAUGACAUAAUUUCCCUUCAAAAGAAAGAAAAUCCUGCAGCCCCUGGCCACCACAACAUUCUUAGGAAGAGAGAAGUCACACUGGCUUCACUGGAGAGGUGGGCAUUGCCAGUGUGAGGAUCACUAGGCCUUUCUGUGCCUUCUGGGGCCACCAGGAUGGCCAGUUAUAAGGAAGACGGCUGUGUGACAAUGGAUGGCAGUGACACAUCUCAUCGGCAGGGAUGACGGGUGGUGAAGCUGUGGCAGAUCGAAGAGUGCCUUUGUAUCUUACAAGAGACUGCAGUCAGUGUGACACAUUAGUUAUUUCCUAGUAUUCCGGUUUCUCCAAAGAAGAUGAAAAUUUUAUGUUAGAUAUCAGCAACUAAAUUUAAAAAUACUUUAAGUGAGUUCAAGACCAACAGAACACAAGAGAUAGACCUAGUUUGGCCCAGUGGCUGCUGGAUUGUGACCGCGGCUUGAAGGUUUGAAAUCAGCCAAUCCAUAAUCAUUACAAAUGCUGGCUACUGUCAGAAAAUGCUAUUGCUAAAUGCAGCCGGUUGCCAGAUUGUUCACUUUAUCUGUCAUGCAGAGAAAUUUCGUGAGAUUCUGAAAUGUACUUGGAAUGUUUUGAUUGCCUCUCUUACAUUUUGUGAUGCUUUUUUAAAUUUUUAUUAGUACAUGCUUACAUAAUGUCAUGUUUUAAGAAAAAGGCAAAUUAGGUGCUGCUUUCAAAGUCAGAUUUAUAUUCUAAUAUAAAAGAAUAGAAUGCUUGAAACCAUUCCAUUUAAACUUCACAGCCUGUAGCCUAGGGCCUUAUUUAUAAGUUAGCUCUUAACGUAAUUUUUUUUUUUUGUCUUUUUCGUUUUUAUCGGUACCAGGGAUCGAACUCACGAUUGCACACUUGCAAAUCCCCAGCCCCUAACAUAAUUGUUUUUUAAAAUGGUUUAUAAAUUUGAGCUUAGUCCAAGACCUGUUUAAGAAAAGAGACAUUUUGGAAAAUAAGGCAGAAAAAAUAGUUCCACUUGGGCCAUGAGUUUAUAUGACCUUCUGUUUUAAUGAUUGUAAGUUGAUGUUUCAGAGGUAUGAGACAGUAGACACAGAAAAACUCUCUCAAUGUUGCGAAAGCAGGAGUCCCAUAGGCAUUGGGUCGCCCUGCCAUAUCACUAUCAAGGCGCAGGGUGGGAGUGAAUAAAAGGAAGUCAGACUUUAAGCUGAUAGCUUUGAUUCGGAUUUCAGAACACUAAUGCGGGGCUAGCAGGUUCCUCCCUUAUGUCAGGAGCUGUGCCUGAAAUUGGCCCUGACGUGUGGCUGUGGGUGAGAUUCUAGAUUUUCAUUCAGUGAAGGAGAUUUUGUAACCUACUCUGUGGAUCAGAUAGCUCUUACUAUCUUCCUUCUAGAAAUUCAAACCAGCUUUCUUUUGUUCAGGGUGUGGUAGAGAAAGAACAGCUGGUCACCUUCUGUGUAGUUAAAACCAUAGUGAAGUCAUCCCACUGGAGUUUUUAGUUCAGUGGUAAAUAAUCCCGUCCCCCUAGCCAUUCUUCCUGGCUCUUGUUUUCCAGGGUUUUAACAGUUUUCCCUGUUGUUACUCAUCUUCACUCUCAGUUUCAGUGCCCAGACAGAAACUCUGGUGCCUUGUUCACAUCGGUGCCUUGCAGCAGCCAAGCUCAGAGUGGGACUCUAGGGAGUUUCCUGUGUGCCUGGCUCCCCUUACUUGGUGGAGACAAAACCGUACUUCACAGUGCUGCGUCACUGACGGUCGUCUGGAGGAUUAUUAGGCGGCCACAUGUGUUUCCCUUCUUCCCAGUCCUCCCGCAGUUGUCCUUUCUCCUAUCCUGUGGUUUAUUUUCCCUGCUGACAGUGAUCACUUGGUGCUUACUUCUGCUGUGUUUAUUGUUCUGAAACUUCAGGAUAUUCAAGACCAGCUCUUACCUUCUGAGCGGCAGCUACCCCACCCCCCAUUUUUUGGAUUGUGUAUUAUCUAGAGAUGUGUAUAAUUUUUAUUUUGAGACUCAUGGUAUUGUUACUUUAAAUGUAACCACUGGUGAAGUGAGAGCAGCCAUUGCUAAGUGCCACCUCCCCAUUGCUGUUUGAGGGGAUAAUUUGCAAGCAUGUUGGUAUUCCCCAGUGAGACCCUCAGGGCAGUUUUGCCAGUUGUCUUCUCCCCACCCUUUGGUUCCCUCCUGAGGUUCAUCUUGGACUGUGAGACACCCCCAAGAGCUUUGCCAUGUUCUAGAGGCGGAGCCAUGGUGCUCAGUUCCGCAGGGACUCGCUUUUGCACCAUCAAGAUCUGACAGAAAGGAGCAUGCAUAUCUGAUGUCUAUACCAUGUAAAAUGUCAGUCAGGAAGAUUCCAAGCAGUCAUGCCCUUUGUGCAAGAAGGAGACAUAAGUGGCUGCUCCCACAUUUAGGCAAAAAAUUUCCAUUGGCUAUCUUUAAUGUGUUUGUCUGUUAUAAAAAAAAUUCUGGUUUUUGUUUUGUUUUCUCCCAAGAAGAAAACCGUGAGUCUGGACAGCAGCAAAAGCUUCUGUGAAAACCGAAUGUGUUCAUUUAGAGAAUAAGUAACAGAUUUUCACUACUAAUUAAAAAAUUUCACUGUGGAAAUUUUCACUGGGGAAGCUCCCUGUGUUCUCUUCCCAGGGGAAAGCCUGUGGGACACAAUGGUUAUUGGUGUCAUUGUUUCCGUUUCAUUUUUAAAUUGUUCAUUUGUGGGAUUCAGUGAACUAGUGACACUGACAGUGUAGCAAUGUGCUGUAUUCUUACAUUGAAGAUGUUAUAAGGUAUGAUUUGUGCAUAACUGUAAAUAAACGAUAGUAAACCAUAGCCAACACUCACAAGACAGUUUUGUACUUUAGAAUUUCUGAAACAAAUAAAAUGUUUUAAGACUGA